AUGAAAGACAAAACUCCCACUGUCCUACAAUCUGGUCUUGUCUAUAAAGCUACUUGCCCUCUUUGUGGCGAAUUUUAUGUUGGGAAAACGUAUAGACAUUUUUGUACAAGAAUGGAUGAACAUCUGAGGGAUCAACAGAAAGUUAUUGAAAAUUCACAACCAGUGGCAGUGUCAUCAUCAAGUUCUGCUACUUCGACUAACGGUGUAGGUUUGAAAAGCAGUUUGAGCGGUAAAAUUACAAAGCGUAACGCUAAAACAUCUACAGAUAGUAGUAGUGUAUCAAUACAGAUAGGCGAUCGACGUCCAGGUACUCGCUCUCAAUCGGGUAGCCUGCCGCUAACCACUGGACAGUUCGAUCUAACUGAAGUUGAAAAAACGUGCAAUACUUUAUGUAAUCUGAAAGAGAAAUCCGUAUGUACAGCAAAAUCAGCGAUAAGCAAGCAUUAUUUAACUACAGGUCACGUGUUCACAAGUAAUGACUUUGAAAUAGUGCUACGUGAGAAACAUCGUUAUAAGCUAUUAGUGAAAGAAUCGUUAGUCAUUAGGACAAUCUCUCCGGUUCUUAACGGCACAGAUCGUUCCGUACCAUUAUAUGUGUACUCCAAUGGCAUUCAAUCGGUUCUAUGGGCUAGAAAAAACAUUGCGCGCAAAGGCUCAGGUCUUGAUUCUUUAAACAACGAGAAAUAA